AUGUCCGAACUACCAAAGGAACGAGUUGAGAUCUCAGAACCAUUUAUGUACAGCGGUAUGGACUGCUUCGGCCCGUUUGUCACAAAGCAAGGCCGCAAAGAGCACAAAACUGGUGGAUCUCCGCUCACCCUGGAGGCCGGACCACGGCUUCAGACCACCUGUCCCUUCCGGACCCUCUCCGUUUCUUUCCUCCUGGUGGUUGCGCCCGCCCCAAUUUAUAGUCUUGUGGAGUAUACUUGA